AUGCAAUACUUAUUGAUACUUUUAUCCCAAAUUGUAUGUACUGAUGUAGAUGUUAGUGAACAAGCAUUAAGAGUUUGUGGGAGGAGUGUUAACCCAAUAAUAGGAAAAUAUGGUGGUGAGAGCAAAAGUCAUCUAGACGAGCAAUUAAAAAAGAAAGACGCAAAAAUUGAAGAACAAAAAUUAACUACUCAAAACCCUAAAAAAUCAGAAAAGGAAAAAUUAAAACAUUAUGGCAGACGUCUUAAAGACAUGAAGAAAGAAAACGAAGAACUUAAAAAAGAAAUUCAAGAAUUGAAGGAGACAAUGAAUGCCCUAAAAGAGAAGUAUGUUGAUGAAAAGAUUUUCCUUUUAAAUGCGCUUAAAAAUAAAGGUGAAUGUAUAUAUCAAUAUUUAAACAUGUUAAAAGAAUAUAAACAAAGCAAUAUGAAAACAUCAUUAAAAGAGAUUUUCAUAAACGAUAAACAAGAAAAGGAAAAACAAUCUCCAUCAAGUGGUUUAUCAGAUGAACAAGAAAAAGAAAGUCAAAGAUUAUUGAGCGAUUCGUCAGAUGAACAAGAAAAUGAAAGUCAAUUUUCAUCGAGUGAUUAUUCAGAUAAACAAGAAGAUGAAAGCAAAAGAUUAUCAGAAAUUCCUUCAUACGUUAAUUACAGCAGAUCGCUUUCUGGUUCAAAUAACUUGCAAAAUACUAAAACUGGUAAAAAUCUAGAAAAUAUAUCUACAUCUGUUUUAAAAACAGCAGAUGGUGCAUCUUCAAGCAAUUCUAAGAAAUUAUUAAAUCCAAAGGAAAAUCAUGAUAAAGAUUGUACUGGCGAUUACACUUGCAAUUACACUCACGGGAAUGAUGCUUUAAGGGAUGUUAUUAAUAAUAAAAUAUCAGACGACAUUGAAGCGCUAUAUCAGCUCUAUUGCAAAGUAACAGGGAUUGAUGUAAAAAAAGCAAAGAACAAAAAAUAA